AUGUUUGUUCUGGGUCUGCUCACCUGUAUUGUGCUGAGAGCAUUCAGUGCUCAGGCAGAAGUGGCCAAGACCUUUGAUGAGUGUAGUGUGUUUUUCCACAAUGCCAUAGAACCAGAAGGAUUGGAUCAGAAUGCCAAGAAAAUCUGUCAGAGGUUGGAGGACGAAAAUAAAAUUUCUUCUAAAUUUUUUUACCCCACUUCACACAGCUCCUUCUUCGGUUCCUACGCUACACUGUACUCGGUUCCUCACAAGAUUCCCCUCUACAGCGCCUACACACUGGAUCCUUCAUGCUCAGACACUACUGGAAGGCCAAACAAGUGGUACUUAGAGCCAAAGAUUUCUGAACCCAACUCCACAAUUGAUUAUAUGGUCCCUGAGAAUCAAAAGAAUCAAGAUACUUAUAAAGGAAAUCAAGCCAUUAGCAGCGACUACAGAGACGCUGGAUAUGAUCGAGGACAACUGAACCCCAACAGCUUGCAAUGUGAUGAAGGCCGCACAGCAACAUUUACACUGACCAAUUCAGCACCUUUGGAUGUGCGUUUCAACCGUAUCCAGUGGAAGAACUGGGAGAGCACUUUGAAGAGUUUUUUGACAAAGAAGCUCAACAGUGAUUUUGCAGUAGCCUACAUUGUCACGGGUACAGUACCUGAUGCAAAUAAACGGAUACCACAGAGGGAAAAACCUGAGGACUCUAACAGGGUGACGGUGCCCUCUCACAUCUGGACGGCUGUCUGUUAUGAACACCAUGAUGAUGACGAGUCUUUUUCCUUCGGCUAUAUAGGAGAAAACCUGCCGGGAGGUAAUGUAGAACUGAUGAGUGUCUCACAGAUGAACAUUCGGCUCAAUCAACUCUAUAAGCUCUCAAAUAUUAAGAUCUUUGUGGAUGAUUGUUUUGAAGACAAUAAUAAAUUAAACAAGGUUAAGAAAGCAUUUCAGAAAUUAAUCGGUCUCCCAGUGACCCCAGAUGUGCAGAACACGUAUGAUGCGCUCCAAACAGUCAGCACUAAUGGAGAGGAUGUCGAGGUGACUGACAUGAGUGUAAAAUUAACCUUCAACAGUUUGAGCUCUUAUUCCACUAUGUCAGAAGAGCUACAGGUUUCUACUGAAAGAGCUUGUCUUAUAACUAAUUACGGAAAAGAAUCUAUUGAAUGCCAGUUAGUCCCAAAGAAGCGCAAGAUUGCAGCUGAUGGCUUGCCCUGCUCAAGCAGCACCAAGCGCUGCUGCUCUACUCCCUGUCUGUACAAGGACAAUCUCCAGGGCUACAGGUGUUCCUCAGGCCAGGAACUGAUAGCGUGUUCACCCCUGUACUCACUCAUCACGUAUAAAGGAGAGCGAUGCAAGGAUGAUCACCCCUGCGGCAAAUACGGUGAGGACUACUACUGGUGUAACAAAAUCUCUGGCAGCUGGGAUUACUGCAGUCCUCCACUGUGGAGAAGUAAGGCUAAAAAUAGGCAGUACUGCCGCAGAGACAACGCCUGUGCCAAAUAUGGUGAAAGUUCUAGGUGGUGCUACACAGAUGAUGGCACAAAACACAAGUGCUGUACUUCUGAUGACUGCAAAUCCACUCUGAGUGGCAAAACCUGCAAGGCUAAUCACCCCUGUGGCAAACAUGGUGAAAAAUACCUGUGGUGCCACACUACUGACUACAGCUGGGAUUAUUGCUGCACAAGCUGUGGUUAGUUGGUUUAAAUGACCAUAAUUACUAAAGCAGCACUUAACAAAGUUCAUUGUGAUUGUACUUGGAGUGCUUACUAACUGAUAGACUCUAUCUAACAUAAAAAUAAGACUCUCUGUGCUUCUAUAAAUAU